CGCGGCGCCACGUCGGGGGCGGGCCCGGCGCGCGCGGGAAGUCUCUGCGGGGCGGCCAGCAGUACUCAGCCGCCGCUCGUCAUGGCCCUUUCCGUGCCCGGCUACUUACCGGGCUUCCAAAAGCCGCCGGAGGUAGUGCGGCUCCGACGGAAAAGGGCCCGGAGCCGUGGGGCUGCUGCCUCCCCGCCCCAUGAGCUGCCGGAGCCGGCAGCCCGCCGAGCCGCCCUGGCGGCCGGACUGGCCCUUCGCCCUUUCCCUGCCGCUGGGGGCAGAGGUGGCGGCGGCCCGGCAGCGGCCCGGAGGAACCCCUUCGCCCGCCUGGACAACCGACCGCAGGUCGCCGCGGAGCCCCCCGACGGGCCUGCCCGCGACCAGCCGGAGGCGCCGGGCCGGUUUUUAGAUUCUAAUCAAGAAAAUGAUGUGCUAUGGGAAGAGAAGUUUCCUGAAAGAACAACUGUUACUGAAUUACCCCAGACUCCACGCGUAUCAUUCUCCGAGUCUGAUAUUCCAUCCUCAAAAAGUGCUGAGCUACCUGUGGACUGGAGUAUUAAAACCCGACUCCUUUUCACCUCUUCUGAACCCUUUACUUGGGCAGAUCAUUUGAAAGCACAGGAAGAGGCUCAAGGUCUUGUCCAGCAUUGUAGGGCAACAGAAGUUACAUUGCCUAAAAGUAUACAGGAUCCCAAACUCUCCACUGAGCUCCGUUGUACCUUCCAGCAGAGCCUUGUCUAUUGGCUCCACCCUGCUUUGCCUUGGCUACCACUGUUCCCUCGUAUUGGAGCUGAUAGAAAAAUGACUGGAAAGACAAGUCCUUGGUCAAAUGAUGCAACCCUGCAGCAUGUUUUAAUGAGUGACUGGUCUGUGAGCUUUACUUCUCUAUAUAAUCUGCUGAAGACAAAACUUUGCCCCUAUUUCUACGUUUGCACCUAUCAGUUUACGGUCCUGUUCCGAGCAGCAGGAUUAGCUGGAAAUGACUUAAUCACAGCUCUUAUAUCUCCUACAACUCGAGGUUUAAGAGAAGCUAUGAGAAAUGAAGGUAUUGAAUUUUCUCUGCCUUUAAUAAAAGAAAAUGGCCAUAAAAAGGAGACAGCAUCUGAAACAAGCUUGGGAUAUGGGGAGGAGCAAGUCAUCAGUGAUGAGGACGAAGAGGAAAGUUUUUCCUGGCUGGAAGAGAUGGGAGUGCAAGAUGAAAUUAAAAAGCCAGACAUACUUUCUAUCAAGCUUCGUAAAGAGAAACAUGAAGUACAAAUGGAUCACAGACCUGAGUCUGUUGCGUUGGUGAAAGGAAUCAACACCUUUACAUUGCUCAAUUUUUUGAUCAACUGUAAGAGUUUAGUUGCUACCUCAGGUCCACAGGCAGGACUUCCGCCAACCCUUUUAUCUCCUGUUGCUUUCCGAGGUGCCACAAUGCAAAUGCUUAAGGCACGAAGUGUAAAUGUGAAGACACAAGCUCUUUCUGGAUACAGAGACCAAUUUAGUUUGGAGAUUACAGGUCCUAUCAUGCCUCAUUGCCUGCAUUCACUGACCAUGCUGCUCAAAUCUUCACAGAGUGGGUCUUUCUCUGCGCUACUAUAUCCACAUGAACCAACUGCUGUAUUUAACAUCUGCCUGCCAGUGGACAAAGUACUUAAUACAGAGGUUGUUCGUAAGGAGCUUACUAACUGUGGUUUGCACCCUAAGACUCUGGCGCAACUUAGUGAAAUACCGUUACUUGGGAAAUCAUCUUUACGGAAUGUGGUGAUGAGAGACUACAUUUAUAAUUGGAGAUCCUGAACACCAAACAAGCAGAAGAAAUUAAUUUUUAAAAAGUAAUCUUUGGAGCCAAUUCUUAAUAUGUCAGAUUUGUGGAAGGUUUAACCACAGAAGGAAAAACCCAACAAGAUAAGUAUUUGGUUUUUUGUUGUUGUUCUAAAAUUAAAAGUUCAAAUUGAUUUGUAUCAACUUACUUCUUGGUUUUGGUUCUUUUAACAUUAGUAGUAUUUCCUAGUUAUCUCACAUAAGAAAAUUCAUUUUUAUAAAGUGCUUUAUCUGAUAUGGAAGCUGUUUUCAUAUACAAAGAAUAAGUAGACACUGCAUGAAUAUAACAAAUAUGAGAAAGUCAGUAAAUAGUUGACGGCUAAGGAUUUUCUUUACAAGUAGAGGCUAGCUGUAAUUAAGACUGUAUACCAUGUAUAAAGACUUCUUUUAAGAAUAAGGCCUAAGUAGAGAAGGCUGUAUGACUAUGAGAAUAAUUCUAUGAGAAUGCAUAAGGAUUCACGAAUCUUUCUUUUCUUACCUUCAGAAUCCCUAAUCUUCCAUAAUUCUUUUGUUUGUUUUUUGUUUUUAAUCCUCCAUAAUUAUUAGUUACCUUGAUGAUGAACUAAUAUUCCUUUAGCUAAAUCAAGGUUUUACUUUAAGAAAGUAUGAAUUCUGAUAUGUCUUCUUAAAAUGAAAACAAAAUUAAAUGAUUCAUUCUGUAACUAUUAGACUAUUAUAUAUAUAAAUCUUUUCUAGAGACCUAUAAACAGUCUAAUAAACAACUGCAGAAUGCAUCUUUCAAAUUGAAUCUCUUGACUGUGAAUUUCGUUAAUAUAAGUAAAUCAUCACACAGCUUUAGAAUACUUCUAAGACCUAUUAGAAAUAUCAAUCUAAGCAAAAUGAGACUGCAACACUAAGGAACUUAAUAUGUUCAUCUUUUACUUUUUAAGUCUGUUUGAUUCCUGGGACUUUAAAUGGGAAUGCAGAUAUUUCAAGUAAAAAUUCAUGUCCCCUAGGCCUACCUUACAUGGUUUGUCAGGUAGGAUUAUCAAGGUAAUUUUCGAAGGCACACCUCAAUACUGUCUCAUUAACCUUCUGACAUUUACUUUGCUUUUCCUAGCAGUCUCUAUAAAUCCAAGUGUUAGGGUGCUUAGACAUAAAUAACAAGCUUCUAUUCUGAAAAGGCUAAAAUCUGAGAAGAUACUGGGGAAAAUGCAUCUACCCACUUAACUCUCCUGAGUCCUAAUUUCCAACUAUAAAUUAGCUACAAAUCUAUUCGUACGGCUCUAAAAAAUAACUUUUCUAGAAUAAAACUAAUUCUUUCUAAGUGGAAAGCAAACUAUUAUACCUGUAAAAGUUUUACUUUUAGCCUUCAUUAAGCAGGUAACCUAAACGCCUCACCAUUUAUCCCCAGAAUGAAACUCUUCGAAUCUUAGUGUUGCAUAUUAAAUUCACAUGACUCUGAAAGGAAUUUUAUUAUAGCAACCUUGAUAUGUAAAUAAAAUUUCAUAAAACUUCAUUUAUUCUUCAACACACUUACCAAGGGAACUGCAAGUUCAUGUCAAAAAUUACCAAAUGGUAAUUUGACUAUUAGUUUCAUAUUUUUACCUAUUUAUUUAUUUUGAGACAGUUUCACUCUUACUGACCAAGCUGGAGUGCAAUGGCAUGAUCUCAGCUCACUGCAACCUCCGCC